GGGACGCGCCCGUGCGCGCGCCCCGCGCCUCCAGCCCAGCGCUCCGAGCUGCCUUCGCUGCCGCCGGCAGCUCCCGGGGGCCGCCGCCGCCUCCCCAGGCCGGUGGAGGGGGGCCACUCCGUCCGCUGGGCCCGUGCGCCCCGAGCCCCCUCCCCCCCGGAGCCGGGACCACGAGCUCGAGGAGGAGGAGGAGGAGGAUGCCCGGGCCCGUCCCGCGCGGCCCCGGGUGAGGCCCCGCCCCGCGCGCCCGCCGGCGCCAUGGGAAGGAGCGGGCGCCGCUGCUGCUGCUCCCCGCCGGCGCGCGCACCGCCCGAGCCCCGCCGCGGGCCGCCCCCGGCCGCGGGUCCCCGUGCGAGCGUGGCGCGGGCCCGGGGCCACGUGGAGGAGCCCAGCGUCCAGUGAAGCCGCCGCCCGCGCCGCCGCCGCCGCCGCCAUGGUGAUGUCCCAGGGCACCUACACGUUCCUCACGUGCUUCGCGGGCUUCUGGCUCAUCUGGGGGCUCAUCGUCCUCCUGUGCUGCUUCUGCAGCUUCCUGCGCCGCCGCCUCAAGCGGCGCCAGGAGGAGCGGCUGCGGGAGCAGAACCUGCGCGCCCUCGAGCUGGAGCCGCUGGAGCUCGAGGGCAGCCUGGCCGGGAGCCCCCCGGGCCUGGCGCCGCCGCCGCCGCCGCAGCCGCACCGCGGCCGGCUGGAGGCGUCGGCGGCGCACGGGCAUCCGCACGUGCACGUGCACCCGCUGCUGCACCACGGGCCCGCGCCGCCGCACGCGCACCCGCACGCCCACCACCACGCGCUGCCGCACCCGCCGCCGCCGCACCUCUCCGUGCCGCCGCGGCCCUGGAGCUACCCGCGCCAAACCGAAUCGGACCUGACCAAGCCACCGUGCUACGAAGAAGCGGUGCUGAUGGCCGAGCCGCCGCCGCCUUACAGCGAGGUGCUCACGGACACGCGCGGCCUCUACCGCAAGAUCGUCACGCCCUUCCUGAGCCGCCGCGACAGCGCCGAGAAGCAGGAGCAGCCGCCGCCCAGCUACAAGCCGCUCUUCCUCGACCGGGGCUACUCGUCGGCGCUGCAUCUGCCCAGCGCGCCGCGGCCCGCGCCCGCGCCCUGCCCCGCGCUCUGCCUGCAGCAGGCGGAGCGCGGCCGCCGCGUCUUCCCCAGCUGGACCGACUCGGAGCUCAGCAGCCGCGAGCCGCUGGAGCACGGAGCUUGGCGCCUGCCCGUCUCCAUGCCCUUGUUCGGAAGGACUACAGCCGUUUAGAGGGGCGCCCGCGUCGGGGGCCCGACCCGCGGACUUUUGGCCUGAUUGCGGGGCUUUUUUUAAAAAAUAAAAAAAUAUGCUUCCCUUGGACUGCGCGGAGGGGCGCUGGUGGGGGUGGGGGUGGGG